CAUCCUCCCCCGUGUUAGGGUUUCGCUGGUCUUCAUUCCGCCCACUCCUAGUCGGUGUAGCGUAGACACAUACCGCCGUCCGUUAAGAGAUCUUCGAAUAACCUUGAGCUCUCGCCACGAUUCAGACGACGGCUUUAGUUUGUCGAUUAUUGCUCCUUGGUAUUGGCUCUGAGCAAACGAUCUCUUGGCCUGCCGUUUUUUCUUAUCUAGGGAUUAUAGCAUUGUGAAGUCUGAUGCACCAGCAGUUGCACGCGCGGGGUUGCUAGCUGCGGCCCGAGUGGCUGCUUCUCGCUCCCCGUUUCAACCGGCCGCGUUUAUUUCUAGAAGCUUCCCGCGUCGAACUUAUCCCGCUUCGACACUUUUUUUUUUUCGUUUUUUUCGCGUCCAUUCUUUAGAUUCGUAAUCUUCUCACACCAUGUUUAGGGGAGAUCGGAGCAUGGCGCAGCCUGACUCGAGCAGAGGCGGGGGAUCGAAGGACGCGAGGGGGUACCGGGAAAGAGACGUGGCAGGGGGGGCUGUGGGGGGCGGGGCGGGGAUGGAUGCGCACACGGGGAAGAAGCGCGGGGACGAGAUGACGAUGGCGCAAGGGCAGAGCAGCAAAGGGUCCAUCAACCCGCGCGAUAAGGAGCGGCUCUCCGGCGUCCCCCCGUCCUCGCAACAAGCCCAGGCGGGUCAGGGAAAGGACUCAGACAGCGAGGAGUCGGACGUGAGCGACUCGGAGGACGACACGUCGUGGAUCACAUGGUUCUGCUCGCUCAAGGGCAACGAGUUCUUCUGCGAGGUGGACGACGAGUACAUCCAGGACGACUUUAAUCUCUCCGGGCUCAGCAGCCAAGUGCCCUACUACGACUACGCGCUGGAUUUGAUCCUGGAUGUGGAAUCCCCGACGGACGACAUACUGACGGAGGAGCAGCAUGAGAUGGUGGAGUCAGCAGCAGAGAUGCUCUACGGGCUCAUCCACGUCCGCUACAUCCUCACUACACGCGGCCUCAGUACCAUGUUGGAUAAAUUCAAAAACGUGGAUUUCGGUCGGUGUCCCAGAGUCUUUUGUUCCGGGCAGCCCUGCCUGCCCAUGGGCCAAUCAGACAUCCCCCGAACGAGCACAGUGAAGAUCUACUGCCCGAAGUGCGAGGACAUCUACUACCCGCGCUCCAAGUACCAAGGCAACAUCGACGGGGCGUAUUUUGGCACGACCUUCCCGCACCUGUUCCUCAUGACGUACCCGUACGUGAAGCCCGCCAAGCCCACCCAGAGCUACGUGCCGCGCGUCUUUGGCUUCCGCCUGCACAGCAGCGCCAAGUAAGAGGCUUCUCAGCACAGCAGCACCAAGUAGCUGACCGGACCACAGCAGCCAGGAAGCAGCUGCCAUCCACAACAGCCACGUAGCUGCUUGUUUAGCAGCGGCGAGUAGUUGGUACAACCUGAAUGGAUUUAAAUGCCUAGGGUAGCGGCUUGUUUGCUGGGGUCCUGGCGUGGCCUGUAUUCGCGGACAGCAUUUCAGGGAAGGUGUGGAGCAAGGAUCAGGCAGGCAGGGUAUGGCGCUGGCAGCAGCUGGAGCUGGGGAAUGCGAAAUGCUGGAAGAGGUCUCGAUUCUUGAAGCCUGGUGUGGAAAUGAGAAUGCUGGAAGUCAGUGCCAGGGUACGAGCCCCACAUUUCAGUAGGAUGUUCGAUUCUUGGGGUUCAUAUCUUCUCAACAACCCAGAGAGUCGAGUUGCGAAUGGCCAACUCCUGUGACUGAGGGAUUGCACAACACACCUCUAACCUUGACUGUAGAAAGGAUUGUCCCAGCAAGAUUGAUUGUCUCCUUUCCCUCAGGUUGUCCUUGGUUACGGCAGUAAUGUAGCUGCUGAUACAUGAUGUUACCUCAGUAGCCGCCAGAGUCAUGUGUGAAUGGUCACUCACGAGGCGAUUACUGUUCCUGCUGGUGAUGAUGCUGCCGUACUGAGUGCUCUGGCAGUAAUGCAAUGCACGUUUAGCGUGGUAUUUGACCAUUUAUCUUUUGCGUUGUAGAACGUUCAAAUAAAUAUGUCGGACGAUU